GCGAGCCGGGCAGGCAUCGGGAGGCAGCCCGGGGACAGGACCGAGCGGGGGCGGGGACCACAGCCGCCUGCGCGGUUCCGGGAGCUCCCGCGGCGCUGAGCCCUGGGCGCACUUGACCUGUGUCCGGCUGCGGGGAAGGGCGGGUCUGGGGAGAACCCCCAAGCGCUGCGGCGUCUCUCCAGCCCUUCCUCUUCGCGACCGCCGGAGCCACAGCCGGAGCCCAAGCCGGCGCCACCUCGCCCCCCGGCUCGCGUGCCCCUAGCCAUGGCUUUCGCCAAUUUCCGCCGCAUCUUGCGCUUGUCUACCUUCGAAAAGAGAAAGUCCCGCGAAUAUGAGCACGUCCGCCGGGACUUGGAUCCCAACGAGGUGUGGGAGAUCGUGGGCGAGUUGGGCGACGGUGCCUUCGGCAAAGUUUACAAGGCCAAGAACAAGGAGACGGGUGCCUUGGCUGCCGCCAAAGUGAUUGAGACCAAGAGCGAGGAGGAGCUGGAGGACUACAUCGUGGAGAUUGAGAUCCUGGCCACCUGUGACCACCCCUACAUCGUGAAGCUGCUGGGAGCCUAUUACUAUGAUGGGAAGCUGUGGAUCAUGAUCGAGUUCUGUCCCGGGGGAGCUGUGGACGCCAUCAUGCUGGAGCUGGACAGAGGCCUCACCGAGCCCCAGAUUCAGGUGGUUUGUCGCCAGAUGCUGGAAGCCCUCAUGUUCCUGCACAGCAAGAAGAUCAUCCACCGCGAUCUGAAAGCUGGCAACGUGCUGAUGACUCUGGAGGGAGACAUCAGGCUGGCUGACUUUGGUGUGUCUGCCAAGAAUCUGAAAACUCUGCAGAAACGAGAUUCCUUCAUAGGAACGCCUUACUGGAUGGCCCCUGAAGUGGUGAUGUGUGAGACCAUGAAGGACACCCCGUAUGACUACAAAGCCGACAUCUGGUCCCUGGGCAUCACUCUGAUCGAGAUGGCCCAGAUCGAGCCCCCGCACCACGAGCUCAACCCCAUGCGGGUCCUGCUCAAGAUCGCCAAGUCGGACCCUCCCACGCUGCUCACACCUUCUAAAUGGUCUGUGGAGUUCCGAGACUUCUUGAAGACGGCUCUGGAUAAGAACCCAGAGACCCGGCCCAGCGCCGCACAGCUUUUGGAGCAUCCCUUUGUCAGCAGCGUCACCAGUAACAAGGCUCUGCGGGAGCUGGUGGCUGAGGCCAAGGCCGAAGUGAUGGAGGAGAUCGAAGACGGCCGGGAUGAGGCAGAAGAGGAGGACGCGGUGGAGGCCGCCUCCCCUCUGGGGAAUCACACUUGCAACUCCUCUGAGGUGAGUCAGCUGAGCCUCAAUGCCGACAAGCCUCUCAAAGAAUCCUCUCUCACUGCACUGCCACCCAGCCAGCCUCAGGACAGUGUGAAUGGGCCCAGCCAGCCCUCUGCCUCUGGGGACAAAUCCCUCCAAAUCACCAGCCCCCCAGAGGUGGUGCCUGGAAAUGAGAAUGGCCUGGCAGUGCCCGUGCCCCUCCGGAAGGCCCGCCCAGUGUCCAUGGAUGCCAGAAUUCAGGUAUCUGAGGAGAAGCCAGCCACUGACCAGGGUGGGGACCUCAGUCCAGCAGCCAGCAGGUCCCAGAAGGCAAGCCAGAGCCGUCCCAACAGCAGUGCCCUGGAGACUUUGGGUGGCGAGAAGCUGGCCAACGGCAGCCUGGAGCUUCCUGCCCAAGCAGCUCCUGGCCCUUCGAAGAGGGACUCAGACUGUGGCAGCCUCUCCACCUCCGAGAGCAUGGACUACAGCGGUGCCUCCCUCUCUGCUGAUCUGUCCCUGAACAGAGAGACGGGCUCUCUGUCCAUCAAGGACUCAAAGCUGCACAAUAAAACCCUCAAGAGGACACGCAAGUUUGUGGUGGACGGCGUGGAGGUGAGCAUCACCACCUCCAAGAUCAUCAGCGAAGAUGAGAAGAAGGACGAGGAGAUGCGAUUUCUCAGGCGUCAGGAACUCCGAGAACUUCGGCUGCUCCAAAAAGAAGAACAUCGGAACCAGACCCAGCUGAGCAACAAGCAUGAGCUACAGCUGGAGCAGAUGCAUAAACGUUUUGAACAAGAAAUCAAUGCUAAGAAGAAAUUCUUUGACACAGAGCUGGAGAACCUGGAGCGCCAGCAAAAGCAGCAAGUGGAGAAGAUGGAGCAAGACCACGCUGUGCGCCGGCGGGAGGAGGCUAAGCGGAUCCGCCUGGAGCAGGAGCGGGACUAUGCCAAGUUCCAGGAGCAGCUCAAGCUGAUGAAGAAGGAGGUGAAGAACGAGGUGGAGAAGCUGCCCAGGCAGCAGCGGAAGGAGAACAUGAAGCAGAAGAUGGAGGAGCAUGCGCAGAAAAAGCAGCUUUUGGACCGGGACUUCCUAGCCAAGCAGAAGGAGGACCUGGAGCUGGCGAUGAAGAGGAUCACGGCCGACAACAGGCGGGAGAUCUGUGACAAGGAGCGCGAGUGCCUCACGAGGAAGCAGGAGCUCCUUCGAGACCGGGAGGCGGCGCUGUGGGAGAUGGAGGAGCAUCACCUGCAGGAGAGGCACCAGCUGGUGAAGCAGCAGCUCAAAGACCAGUACUUCCUCCAGCGGCACGAGCUGGUGCGCAAACAUGAGAAGGAGCGUGAGCAGAUGCAGCGCUACAACCAGCGCAUGAUGGAGCAGCUGAAGGUGCGUCAGCAGCAGGAGAAGGCACGGCUGCCCAAGAUUCAGAGGAGCGAGGGCAAGACGCGCAUGGCCAUGUACAAGAAGAGCCUCCACAUCAACGGAGCGGGCAGCGCCGCUGAGCAGCGUGAGAAGAUCAAACAGUUCUCCCAGCAGGAGGAGAAGAGGCAGAAGUCGGAGCGGUUGCAGCAGCAGCAAAAACAUGAGAACCAGAUGCGGGACAUGGUGGCACAGUGCGAGAGCAACAUGAGUGAGCUGCAGCAGCUCCAGAAUGAAAAGUGUCACCUCUUGGUAGAGCAUGAAACUCAGAAGCUGAAGGCCCUGGAUGAAAGCCAUAACCAGAACCUGAAAGAAUGGCGGGACAAGCUUCGGCCACGCAAAAAGGCUCUGGAAGAGGAUCUAAACCAGAAGAAGCGAGAGCAGGAGAUGUUCUUCAAAAUGAACGAGGAGACAGAGUGCCCGAACCCCGCCACCCCAAAUAAGGCCACCAAGUUCUUCCCCUACGGCUCUGCGGAUGCUUCUUAACAGUUGCCCCGGGGCUGUGGCGGGCGGGCGGGCUGGCGGACCUCUGGGGCCCUCCCAUUCUCUGUGAACAAGUAACUCAGGACCCCCUUCCCUCUUGCUUCCAUGCCAGCUUGAAUCCAGCCCCAGGCCCUGUGCCACCCCAGCUGUGCCCGACAGACCCAUCCAGUGUUCCUGACUUCUUGCUCAGGGUGGAGGGUGAGGUUUGGGGAUGUGCUGCCUGAUCCUAAUGUAUAUUCUGACUCUCAGGUCCCGUCAAGCUGUCGGUGAUCUGGGCUGUUGGCGGGGCCAGGGAGCAGGAGGACUAGGUGCUUUGUGGCCUCGGGGCCCCUUCUGUUUGCCAAAACACCAGUUUUGCUGUCUGUGGGUACAAAGUGCUACUGAAGUCACCAUGGGCUCAUCCAUGUUAUAAUUCUUGGUGGUUUUUAGCCACUCCCUGCGGUGUCAGACAAGAACCACGGCUCCUAACAACCACUGUGGUUCCCAGUGGAGCCUGGUCUGUAGCCAGCUGCUCAGGGAGUGCGCUCAUACCUCCAAUCUGCUUUCCUCUUGAGACAACGUCUACAGUGGUGGGAUGGGGAGAGCCUGAACCACCCAUUCUGCUGAUCUCAGGUGUUCCAUGCCAUCUGUACCCACCCCCGCCAUGCACGCAUGCCCACACAGACACACACACACAGACACACACACACACACACACAUACACACACACAGUUUGGCCCCCAGCACUACCCAGGCUUGCCACCACCCUGGGCCUCCUGUGCCGGGUGGAUUAGAGCAUGUUUGCUGCCUGGACCCGUGCCCUGGAGCAUGUUAGGUAGAGCCGUUGGUACUGGGGUGUGCUGGUGUUGGCACCAGAGGCACAGACAGCACAGGCUGAACCGCCAGCCUGCGAUUCCUUUUGGCCCCACACAGAUCUUGUGUUCAGGGGUAAAUUCCUCACCCCACAAGACUUUUGCAACCAGUCAUUCUGUCGCACACUUGCCCAUCCUGUCUGCAGGUGACAGGGGCGGGCUGCUGCCCUCUGCCUUGUGUCCAGCCUAAUUCAGAGUCUGGCCUUACGCUUCAGACGGAGGCUGGCAGUCAACGGGACUUCUGUUCAGGGAGAAAAGGCAUCAUGGAGAAAACGUAGUGCUUCCUGCCUCCAGGAACCUGGCAGACACAAAGCUUCUGCAUCUCAGAUGGAAUCCGGGGCCUCUGAGUGACUCAGCUGGCUUCCCACGGAUUCUAAUCCCAACAGGCUGCAGAGUGUUGAUAACCCAAUAAAAGCAGAUGCUCAAA